ACCUGCGCCCGCCAGCGCCGUUUUCUCGGCACCAUCUGCCGCAGGACCACGCCGCGUCGUAGCCGCUCGCGCGAAAACCCAGCAUUCUCCGACAAGCGCACAAAGCGCACGGCAAGCGCGGAGCUGCUGCACCCCGGAAGUGAAACCAGCGCGCGCGAUCAUCUCUCUGGACCGCGGCUCGGUCUCCGGAGAGCGGGAGGAGCGACCUCGACUAUCGGAUCGCCACUGGUCUCCCUCCCACAUCGGGCGUCCCCCACCACCGCUCCCCCCCUUCGAGACUACUCUCCCCCCGAUCGCUCGGCUACUUCUCCCGAGUGGCAUCUGCGUCUGGUUUCGGUUUCAGUUUGCCCCUUCACCGCUCACCGAGCUCUCGGUUUGCGGAGUGCAAAAGGGGGGCUUUGGUGCUUUUGACGCUUGCGUCGUGCUCGCGUCUUCGCCGAAACGUAGCCUCGUCAUCGUUGCUGGAACCUUCGCCGCACGCUGGUCGUCAUUGCUGUGUGUCGCGCUGACCAUCGCUGUGUGAGGCUGUGAACGGCGUGCUGUGUUCGUGAACCUUGUGUCGACCUGGACUUCUGCGUCAUAUCCUCUCCUGCCGCAGACGCCUUGAUGUACGUACCACCUCGUGUAUCGAUGGUAGCGCGUGCGGGAAGCGUGGCUCUCCCCCUCUCCACACCGAUCUGCAUCAGCCCAUACCCGGCCCGGAGCGGAGCCUCGGGCUAUGCGACCCCCCGCCACUGAAGACCACAGCGCCCUGAACGACUCGAUACCGGCGGAGGACGCCCGGCAGACAGAUCUCACAAUCCAGCAGCUACGGGACCAAGUGGGCCAAGACAGCGUCACAUUACAGAUCCCAAGUGCGGAGCGGCUGUUGGAACUUCAGCGGCAGUUGGCGGACAAGGAGCGGGCACUGCAGGAGUCCCAGUCCCAGGUCUGCCUCAAGCUACACGAGGCUGAGGACAAGAUCUCACAACUCGAAAGUGCCUUGGAACACACCCAGUGUGAACUGCUGAAAGCUAGGGGCAAAUCGGACACCAAUGGAAGCCGGUCCGAUGAAAUGGAAAUGCUCAUGACCGACUUGGAACGUGUAAAUCAGCGCGCCGUGGCGGCCGAGCAGGAUUCGGUGCUGUUGCGAGACCAGCUGUCUGACAUGGACUCCUCGUCGCCGCCUCCGCCGUCCUCUGCGAGGGACACCGCGUCGCCCUCGCGGGGCCGGCUCGAGCUGCAGCUCGCCUCCAAGGACAAGGAGAUAUCUCAACUAGUCGAAGAUAUUAGGAAGCUGCAGUCGGCAGUGGAUUCUCUAAAAGAGACAAGUGCCUCACAGAUUGCUCAACUCGAAGGAAUGCUUGCAGAGAAGUCUAGAAUAAUCCAAGAGCUUGAAGACAGGCUGGAUCGACAAAAAGAUUACGAGGACAUAAAGAACGAACUUAGGAACCUCAAGAUGCUGGAAGACAGCGACAACCCCAGUGACGACCAGGAUGAGAAGCCCACUUUGGUGUCGUCCAACAACAACAACAACAACUGUGUCGAUCUCGUGCUGUACGGCAAGAACCGGACGAGACUUUCGCCGCCUCUACCAAAAGACGAUGCAGGUUCCCCUCGCAGUCGACUGCAGAACGUCGAAGCGUUCGGUUCACUCCUCGGCGAGGAGAUCGUCUCGUCCUUUUCGCGGAUGCUCAAGAGCGAGCAGCCGCAGCAGCCGAUCGUCUCGAGCCCGCCGGCGACGCCAAAGUCCGUGGACGCCGACGCCAUGUCCACGGGCACCGACACCUCGACGGGCAGCGGCCGCGGCGGGCCGGACGAGGCGGCCGGUGCCACGCCGCCCACACCGGACCCAGUGAUAGGAGCGUCCCUGGAGCGCCUCCAGGAGUGCCUGCGCCAGAACAUGGAGCGGCAUGCCUGCGAGGCGCUCAACACGCAGAACGUGGCGCGCGCGGUGCGCGAGUUGCUGAGCGCACACAACGUGGGCCAGCGUCUGUUCGCGCGCUUCGUGCUCGGCCUGUCGCAGGGCACCGUGAGCGAGCUGCUCUCCAAGCCCAAGCCCUGGGACAAGCUUACCGAGAAGGGCCGCGACUCGUACCGCAAGAUGCACGCGUGGGCCUCGGACGACUUCUGCGUCUUCAUGCUCAAGUCGCUCGUUCCCAAGAAAGGCAAGGAGUCUGGCGGCUCCAGCGCUUCGAGCCGCCAGGAGGACGCGGCCGCCGAGGAACGCAUCGCGCAGAUCCUCAGCGAAGCCCAGCAAGCCAUGACGAUUCCGAUGAGCAAGGAGCGCAGUCCGGCGCCGCCAUCUUCAGGAGCGCAGAACGGCGCUGCCGACGAUCCUCACGCUGACAGCGACCAGGACGUCGACACCAACAACGCGAACAGCACGCAGUCUGCGGACGUCCCCAAGGACGCGAAACGGUCCAGCCGGAAGUACGAGAACGACGACAUACCGCAGGAGAUGGUUGCACGCAUCUACCAGGAGGAGUUGGCCAAGCUCAUGGGGCAGCGAGUGGAAGAGAGCUUCCGGCAGCAACAGUACGACCGCACGCACGAGGAGAUCCGCCAGGCGCUGUCCAUCUACCACCACGAGUUGUCGCGGCUCUCGCAGCUCGCGCUAACGCCGGGCCACGAGUUCGCGCGCUUCGGCGCGGCUGCUCUGCCCGGGGCGCUGCUGAACGGCGCCUUCCCGGGCCUGUCUCUGGGACCCGAGCUGAGGGGUGGUCCCGGCGCGGCAGCCGCCGCUUCGGCCGCGGCGGCGGCUGCGGCGGCGGCAAGGGUCGCAGCCGCCGAUUCUGCCGAAGCUAUGCGCGCGGCGCACGAACAGCAGCAGCAACCUCCGACGUCGCAGCACCAGCGUCGAGGUGGAUCUUCCCUUGCUGCGCAGUUGGCGCCGAGGGACUGGCACAAGCAGCGUGGUGGCAACAAAUACAGUAGCGCAUUUUCGCUGGUGCGGCCGGGUGUCAAGUUCCCGGGCUCCGGUUCGACCCCAAGUCCUCCGGGCGCCGCUGGCGUUCUGGGCCUGUCGGACACGCCGCCGGGCGGCGCGGCGCCCGAAGACCUUGGCUCUUCGCCGUUGCAGCGCAUGCAGUCCAUCACCAACUCGCUGCUGACGCAAACGGCGACGCCGACCAUGCCUACGACCAACCAGCGCCAGAACAAGGCCGUCCUACCGCCCAUUACGCAGCAGCAGUUCGACCAGUACAACAACCUCAACACCGAGGAGAUAGUCAAGAAGGUGAAGGAGCAGCUGAGCCAGUACUCAAUCAGCCAGCGUCUGUUCGGCGAGAACGUACUGGGCCUGUCCCAGGGCUCGGUGUCCGACCUGCUGGCGCGGCCCAAGCCGUGGCACAUGCUGACGCAGAAAGGCCGCGAGCCCUUCAUCCGCAUGAAGAUCUUUCUCGAGGACGAGAAUGCCGUACACAAGCUGGUCGCCUCGCAGUACAAGAUCGCACCCGAGAAGCUCAUGCGUACCUCGGGAUUCACCGCCGCCUUCCAGCCCGCUCGGUACGUGUUCCAACGUGCAGCUGGUUCGAGCAAGCUUCCCGCGUCCAGCGCAGCGGCGGCCAGGGCUGCUGCCGCGCGUGACCUGCCGUCGCAUCGCAACAGCCACUGUGACAGCGCGUCACCGCUGCUAGGCAAGAGCCCCUUCAGCGCCUCGCCCGAGCUGCAGGUGGCUCUCAUGCAACAGCAUCACCAACAGCAGCAGCAGCAGCAGCAACAGCAGCAGGACUCUCGCGUGGCAAUGUACGCGCCACCCUCGAGUCCCACGACGGCUGCCCGCAAGGGCCACUCUCACCACCCGAGCGGCGGCGGCGGCCGAUCUCUGCCGUACGUGCAGCCCUCGGUGUACGAGAUGGCAGCGCUCACCACCGACUUGGACACACAGACCAUCACGGCCAAGAUCAAGGAGACGCUUAUGGCUCAUAACAUUGGUCAGAAGAUCUUCGGCGAGGCCGUGCUUGGGCUGUCUCAGGGCUCUGUGAGUGAACUGUUGUCCAAGCCCAAGCCAUGGCACAUGCUGAGCAUUAAGGGCAGGGAGCCUUUCAUCCGCAUGCAGCUCUGGCUGAACGACCCGCACAACGUCGAGAAGCUGCAAGUCAUCAAGAAUGAGCGUAGAGAAGCGAACAAGCGGCGCCGAACUCACGUGGACCUGGAGGCUGCUCCGCGUCCGAUGGAGGCGCAGCCGCCUUCGCUGCCUGCCCUGACGCCCGGUGCUGGGAGCUUCCCAUUUGCGGCGCCGUCGUCCCCCUUCCCGGCAGCCAAGAAGCCACGUGUGCUCUUUUCGGACGAGCAGAAGGAAGCGUUGCGGCUCGCCUUCUCCAUGGACCCGUACCCGAGCACGGCCACAAUCGAGUUCCUCGCGAACGAGCUGGGACUCUCUGUGCGCACCAUCACCAACUGGUUCCACAACCACCGCAUGCGGCUCAAGCAGCAUGUCGUCUCUCCCGGUCCUGACGACAACCCGCCGCGAAGCGAGCCGUCGACGCUUCUCGGCCCACCGCCCGGAUCACGCGAGGGCUCCGCCUCUUUCGACCCGGCUCUGUUCCGAGGUCUCCUCGUUCAGCGGCUCGCCGAAAUGCAUGGCAGCGGUGGGGACAAGAGCGGGCCUAGCGCUUUCGGUGCGGGCGGCGGCGCUCUCAGCCUCAAUGCUUACAACAGUUACUCCCCGUCAUCGCAACAGGGCAACGACGAAGGCACGCUAGACCUGAGCAUGUCGUCGAGCCAGGCGUCUUCAGGUCGCAGGACGUGGGCUCGCGGUGGCGGAACGCCCACUGAAGACCUUGACGACUCGAACUUGUCCCAGGACGAACCCGCGACCGCGGGAAGUGACCGCGACUCGCUGAAGGAAGAGAGCAUCUCGACGCCUUCUCCACACAACAGCUACAGCAGUCGGCGACGGAAACCAGCGGUGCCCAAGUGGGUAGACCCUGGCCUGUCACCGGACUCGGACGAUGCCGAGGACGACGAGGCGGGUGACGCGGAAAGCGCCAUAAUCAAUGGCGUCUGCGUCCGCCAGACGGUCGCUGCUGGUGACUUCGGGCUGAGACUUCGCGAGACGGUGCGGGUGGAUCCCGUAGCGGCCGCCGACGAUGCCCGCAAGAGUGCCGAGAGGGACGACCUGGAUGAGGACGACGAUGAAGAGGAGGAGACGGCACUCGAACUGUGCACCACCGCCAAGAAGCCUAGCAGUGGCGACGGAAUGCGGAAAACUAGAACAGAGGCUGGACAACCGUGGCGAAGAACGUGGCGAGGACUGGGAGUUCUAGAACAUUACAUACCGGGCACACAGCUGUCCCACGUCUAGUUCUAGCCCACUUGAAGCCUCUCCCCGUUUUACGUCGACGCCAGUGAUCCAACUCGGCCGCCAGCUCUGUAGCUGGCUCUUCACAUGCAGCCCGUCCCUUCAUCCCAAUGUUAGGUUUACCGCCCUGAGUUGUGAGACUGGUGCAACGAUUGCUUGAACCAGACAAAGCCCCAAGAUUCGGUUAUUUUUGUGACUGACAAAGGGGCCACACAUGCUUUUUUUUAUAGAUAUAUAAGCAGAACAUCUCCUUGAACAAGUUUUCACAGCUGUGAAGGUACUCGUAGAACUAUAGCCGCAAAGCAGUGGUCGGUUUGUCCGCUAUUCUGCGAGAAGACAAUACACACUUUGUGAACUCAUUGUGGCCGACUUGACGCGCCAGUUUGACUGUUGCGCGCCAUUCUCGUCCGACUCGGAGCCACCGCUUCAUCUUUGAGCCCGGUGCAAUGUGGCCUUAGCUCUCACACUCGUCGCCUCUCUUGUUUGUGUUGUUGUUCUUUCAAGCAUUGACGUAUUUGACUAGACGUACACGAGCCGAACUCUGAACGACCAGACUGUUACGUCACACUGUGCUCUGUGCGCAGUAGACCGUUCUGUAUGUCCUCGUGCACUACCGUUCAUUGUUUUUACGUUUGUACGUUUUUAAGACGUGUUGUGAUGUUUCAUUUCACUCUGGUUUGUGGUGAUUGACACUGUUGCUGCGUCAGCCUUACAAAUCUCGUUGACGUGGUUUUCAAGCCAUAGCAGCGCUAAUCUUUGGUGCAUGAGCCCAGCGUUUUCUAUUAAUACAGAGGCAUUUGCGUAUGCUGGGACGCACACGUGUGAGUAUUGGCUGCUAGCUCGCCAGUGUAUUAUAUUGUCAGUGCUAUAGAAAAGAUCGACUUUUUUUUUUUUUUUUGCCUCUCGCGAGCACUUGUUAUAUAACUUGGCUGACCAAAGGUCUCAUGCAUCCCACCAAUCGUAGCUGCCGUUUCAUCUUCGCCCAAGCAGUCCUGUGGUAGAUCGCAACACGUCACCACUAUUUGUGCAAUGAAAGCUGCGUGUAACUUGGUGCUUUUCAUGUAUACAUACUGGAAGAAGUGGUGUUUGCCCAGAUUUUCUAGCCGAGAAUGACAAGCAUAGCAUCAGCGUUACCGGUGUCAAAUGCAAUGCUUUGGUCCCAUGUCAUAUUUCUGAGUAGAACAUAUGCGAAAAAGGGAACUUAGCCACCGUUGUGGUGUUAUUGGCACGUAACUUGCGUCUGCACUCAACGCUAUUCUGCCAAAUCCUGAGUUCUUCGUCGUUGCCAGUAGUUGCGAGGUGGACAGUCAUCCGGAGAACGUAGUCUCUCUUGCCUCUGCAAGCAACCUACUGUUGUGACUGGCGAAGACGAGGGUCAAAUAUUGACGCCCCAGUGAAACCGCAGUGAGUCGGCGGGAGACGACUCACACGAAGCCAAAGAAAGAUAUGCACUGAAGGUUCAGCAGGGCGGCCCUUAUCGAACACGGGAAUCAACCAUGUCCCUUCUGUGCAGAUAUUUCGUAGCACAAGAGCUGUCGUGUCUUGUCCCGGAGCUAGUGGUAUUUAUGCACACACGUUUUAUAUAUUUCUUUUUUGAGACUCAGUCAAGCCUUUGUUACUGCCUAGUCCCCUAUGAUUUGUGCUAUGUCCGCUGUCAGUACGUGCUAGUCCCAUUCUUCACCUAACAAACAGCCCGUUCAAAGCCUUCCAUAGAAGACAGAAAGAGAAAAAAACUAAACAUCCUUUUCUCACCUCGUCAUUUUCAUGUGGCACGCUGAAACUCUACACAGAUACUCAUUGCAAUGAAUGACUUGGAACCACUUGUUCAGUCCUUUCUGCUCUGUUUUCAGUCGAGGUCACGUUUUACAGGUAACCUUCGGAACUUACAUCUUGCGGUAACAGCCAAGUAAGUGCUUGUGAUGCUCAGAUAAGGCAUGCAUGUGAGUGUUUCAAUCAUGCAGCCCAUUCACACUUCACCCUCUUUCACCUAAACGCAACUUGCAGAGUAAUCGGACACUGGAAAAAAGAAAGAAGAACGCGCUUUACACUCAUGACAGUACCACACUGGCUAUCAGUAAACCAAGAGCAUCCGCUGCAUGGAGAUCGAAUAAGCUGCGCGGAACUGCACCUAGAGGCGGACGUGUUUUGAGGAGCUAACAAUCUGCAAUGAGCUGAUAGGGACGUAGGCACGGACCCCGGAAAGCGAUGUGAUGGUGCAGGUAUUGUUGCGUUAGAGCUAAUUUGUGAUGUCAGUGUUAUUCUUUUUUUUUCUAAUUUCAAUAUGUGAUAACAGCUUUUGCGUGUUUGAAAUGAUGCGAUGCGCAUCAUGCCAGAAUUUGCGCGGGCAGUAUGAGCCCAGGCAAGCUGGAGAAUAGCACCCCGGUGACACUGUAGAUAGCAUAGCGCUUGACGCUCUUGUGUAGCAACGUUACGCCUUUUUUUUUUACCUCUGCUUUCUCACCGGACUCGCCCCAUGAAUCCAUCAUCAGUCUUUUGAACACUGUUACUCGGCUUCAUUGCACAUGUUCUUGCUUCUGUAGACAGGAUGGCCGGCAUGUGAUUCUUGCUCGUUUCUGUACUUUUCUUCUCUCUGCCGGUGAACAUAACGAACAAUGCGUGUACUUAGACUGUCAUGAGCGUUCCAACUGUCCAGUUUUUAUUCUCUCUCUCCCUCUUCCACGAAUGUCGACGAGCUCAAGAAAAGGCCGAGUGUGUCAUGCACGUGAAUACGUUAGGUUUGGCUGCCGAACUGUAAUCUGUGUAAUGGUCAUCGAAUCCAAAUCCCAAGCGAAACGGCUUUACUGUUAUGCCUGUAGAUUAGGACAGACAAACGUAUCCGAUGUAGCCGCGUAAACGUCCUACCAUUCCACUUCACUUCAAGUCGAGCGGGGCUCGCUACUCUCUCGCUGCAGCUAGUUAUCGGCCCCCUAGGGGUGCACUCGUUUGCUCAGCUUUUAUUUCGUGCUCGACAAGUGCCAACUGGUGUGAUUAGAAUUAAAAACAGCAACCUUAUUUGAACCUACCACAUGGCUGCUACAAACUAUAAAAAUAAAAUACCAGACCUACGCUGC